UACAAGCGAAGCGUGACGUUCACGGACCCGCAAGUUUACGUCGCCAAGCGCAACCAGAAGCGUUUCUUUUUUUUUUUGUAUGAAUGUCCAAAAUGCAGUCGCUGAAAGCAUUUCUCAACGAGAGGCUGACUGCGGCGGCGGAGGAGAUCUUUGGAGCUGUUGAAAAGACAAUAGUCGAGUACAAAGAGGAGAUUUCUCGUUCAAAGGAUUUAGAAAUCGGUCGCCUCAGGAUGCAGCUGAGGCUCCUCAAGUCAGACCCACGGUCGGAUAGAUGUUUUGAAGCGGAGCUGCACCACCACCACCACCAUCCUCCUCCUCCUCCUCCUCCUCUUCCUCAGCAGCAGCAUCAUCAGUCACCCCCUCCAGUGGAUCCUCCUGAGCCCCAGCACUGUGAGGAGGAUGAGGGGGAGGAUCCGGGCAGCAGCAUGGAGCGGGAGCAUCCAGAGUCCUCAGAGGUCAAGAAGGAGCAGCAGAAGGCUCACAGGGACUUCUGGAUGGGCCACGACUCCGAGCAGCUGGAAGCCUUUGAGUCGGGCAUUAAAGACUUCAUCUCAUCUCCCUCCAGUCUGAAAACCAGUCUGCACGACCCCGCCUUGCCUUUCCACCCGUACCACAACAAUUACGAGGAGAGGAGAGAGAAACCCUACAGCUGCUCUGUUUGUGAAAAGCGCUUCAGCAACUGCUCCCACCUCGCAGCACACAUCAGGACACACACAGGAGAGAGGCCGUACAGAUGUGAGAUAUGCAGGAAGGCCUUUAUCACGACCAGCGCUCUGAACAGACACCAGACCAUCCACACAGAGGGGAAACAGUUUGUGUGUAACUACUGUGGAAAGUCAUUUAAGUGGAUGGAGUCUCUGGGCAGACACAUGAGAAGUGUCCACAAAAGGGAGAAUAUUCCUGUAUGACUUUCUGCAGGCAGGGUGUAACCAAUAGGUUAGACAUGUUGUAAUUAUGUGUUAGUGUGCUUUCAUUAUAAAAACACAAUAAGUGCAAACAA